UUUUCGCCUUGAUUGAUGAAAUACACAGCUUAUGCACAAUUCGCUUAUGUUUUGAAUAUCACAAUAAAGCUCCGGCAAGUACCAGAGACCCUCCUCAAAAAGAGGAAAAAGAACUUGACUGAGAAAGCAAGGAAAGUACAAGCAAGACUCUUGAACAAGAAGUCAAAUGAAAAGAAACGAAAGGUGAUCUUCAAGCGUGCUGAGCAGUACAUCCGGGAAUACCGUCGUAAGGAACGUGAUGAGAUCCGCAUGAAGCGUCAGGCAAGAUCUGCCGGAAACUUCUAUGUACCAGCAGAAGCAAAGUUGGCAUUUGUUGUCAGAAUAAGAGGUAUUAAUGGUGUGAGUCCACGUGUGAAGAAGAUCUUGCAGUUGCUACGUCUACGACAGAUCCAUAACGGUAUAUUCAUCCGCCUCAACCAUGCUACUCUACAGAUGCUUAGACUCGUUGACCCAUACAUUGCUUGGGGAUAUCCAAAUUUGAAAACAGUACGUGAAUUGAUCUACAAACGUGGGUAUGGAAAAGUUGAUAGGAGACGUGUUGCUAUCACUGACAACUCUGUUAUUGAAGGAACACUAGGCCAUUUGGGAAUCAUCUGUGUAGAGGACCUUAUUCAUGAGAUCUUCACCGUUGGUCCAAACUUCAAACAAGCCAAUAAUUUCCUCUGGCCAUUCCAACUCAGCUCCCCACGAGGUGGAUACAAGAAGAAAGGAAAUCACUUUGUUGAAGGUGGUGAUUAUGGCAACAGGGAGGAUAAAAUCAAUGCCUUUGUUGGCCAGAUGAACUAGAAGAUGAAACACAAAUAUAAACAGACCUUCACUACCAUUAAGAUCUUGUGUUUAUAGUUUAUUAUAUUAUCACUUGGAUCGGAUUAACAAACCGAUGAAACUACUGGUAUGUGGAAAUUUCACAUAUCCUAAAGCUUAUUGUAAAGUGGCUUUUUUGAGGUCAAGCAAAUACAAAUCUGAAAGUCUUUUGUCUGCAACGACUUUUUACAUCACAAUAAAUAAACAAAAAAAAAUUAUGUA